AUGCAAGUAGCUAUCGAGGUACCAGGGGAAGCUAACCCACUGACCCUUCCAAACGUUAUACAUGCCUUGACGACGGCGGGCUCUUCGUUGCCUCAGCAGCGCCAGAGCGGAACUGCACAGCUUCAGGAAUGGGGAAGACAGCCCGGAUUUCACUCGCUAUUACAGGAUGUCUUUACCGACUAUUCCACUCCCUUCGAAGUUCGAUACCUCUCAAUUAUUCAGCUAAAGAACGGUAUAGACAGGUACUGGCGGAAGACAGCAAACAAUGCUCUCAAGCAAGAUGAGAAAAAUCAGAUCAAGAGAAGAGCUAUAGAAGCUGGAGUUGUUGAACCUGCAUCUCAACUUGCCUUGCAGAAUGCCCUGAUUGUGGCUAAAAUAUUGCGGGCAGAGUUCCCUCUUGAAUGGCCAGAAGCCAUAUCUGAAAUAAUAGAACAUCUUCGAGCGUCCAUCCGGCCCGGAGCCAAUCCAGUUCAGCUCUCCCGCACUCUCUUGAUCCUCCUCCAGGUAAUUAAGGAACUCUCUACCGGACGAUUAGAAAAAACUCGAAGGGGACUACGAUCUGCGGCCCCCGAGCUGCUCCAUAUUGUUGCAAGCAUAUACGUCGAUAAAGUGCAAAAAUGGGGCACAUUCUUGGAGUCUGGCGGGGACGAUGAAGGUGGUGCAUUAGAGGCAGUUGAGCAAAGUCUCAUGUCCCUCAAGGUCAUCAGACGACUAAUAGUCGCUGGCUUUGAGAACCCAAAUAGAGAGUCCGAUAUCUCGGGAUUUUGGACCCUAUCCUUAACCCAUCUCGGAAACUUCUACUCCUUAAUUCAGAGGCAGUCAUCUACAUUGGCCUCAGAAGUCGAGAAGUUGAUUGGGAAGCAUAUAAUCCAGCUAUCCAAGCUUCAUUUAGAAAUGGCCAGAACCCAUCCUGCGCCCUUUGGACUGCUCCCACAAGCUGUUGAUAUGGUUAAAUCUUACUGGGGGCUGGUGGUUGAACUAGGCAAAAUGUACGGCUCAACUGACUUCUCUCAGCUCAAGGUUGGGAUGAAUGGUGAUGCAGAUGACGACGAGAAGCCCCUUUUGGAAAAACUCGGCCUCAAGGCCCUCCUGCUUCUUCGAGCUUGCGCAAAAAUUGCAUUCUAUCCCACGAACACUUUCAGAUACCAAAAUCAGCAGGCUAAGGAGGAGAAAAAUCAAUGCGUUAGCUUGAUGAAGUCCGAGAUCUUCAACGAGGACUUCGUAGUCCAGGUCAUGGAGUUACUUGUUACCCGCUUCUUUGUCUUUAAAGCCAGUGAUCUCAGGGAAUGGGAAGAAGAACCUGAAGAGUGGGAGAAGCAAGAAGAAGAGAUCACAGAUGCCUGGGAGUUUUCAAUUCGGUCAUGUGCCGAGAAGCUAUUCCUUGAUCUGGUUAUCAAUUUCAAAGAACUGCUCAUACCAAAGCUGCUUAAUGUGUUCUAUACCUAUGCUAGUAAGUCGAAUAACGGUAUAGUAUGCUAUAAAAGUGAACUAACCGACGAUGUACUAGACCCCCAGAACAAAGACAUCUUAUUAAAGGACUCUCUUUAUUCCGCUGUUGGCCUUGCAGCUGCAUGUCUGGAGAAUCACUUAGACUUCAACACUUUCUUGGUGUCUACACUCGUACCAGAAAUUCAAAUCCAGGGUCCAGGCUAUAAUAUCCUUCGCCGAAGAAUUUCUGUCAUACUCGGACAAUGGGUUCCAGUGAAACCAAGUGACAUUGACAAAGCAUCCGUAUACGGUAUCUUCCAACACCUUCUGGAUAAGAGUGACCCCAUGAACGAUCAAGUUGUUCGUGUAACGGCUGGUAGGAAGCUUCGACAGGUUCUGGACCCAUUCGAAUUCUCUGCGGAAGUAUUCCAACCGUUCUCAACGUCUAUCCUACAAAACCUAAUGCAGCUUAUCCAAGAGGUCUCUCUUAGUGAGACAAAAAUGGCACUACUUGAGACUGUAAGGGUUGCAGUGGUAAAAAUGGAAAGCAACAUUACCCCUUUUGCGGAUCAAAUUGUAUCCCUUCUACCAGGGCUUUGGGAGCAAUCUGGUGACGAACACUUAAUGAAGCAGGCAAUAUUAACACUCCUGUCAUCCCUAAUACACUCUAUGAGAGAGAACUCCACUAGAUACCACUCCAUGAUACUACCCCUUAUCCAAAAAUCGGUCGAACCUGGCUCAGAAUCUCUCGUCUACCUCCUCGAGGAGUCUCUAGAUCUAUGGUCUGCCGUGCUAUCCGAAACUCCAAAUCCACCAUCUCCUGAAAUUCUAGCCUUAUUCCCAUCUAUAUUUCCCAUCUUUGAAAUUGGGAGCGAUGUUGUACGACAGGCUCUUGAAGUCACUGAAUCAUACAUCCUUCUCGCACCCCGAGAAUUCCUCGAUGAAAACGUCCGUUUCCGAUUGUUUGAUAUCUUCAACACUCUCCUCAAUCCAGAUGUCACCCCCCGAAUCGGCCUAGUCCCUCAUCUUGCGGAGCUGCUCAUACGUACAGGCGAAUCUGCCUCCGAAGAGAACAAUGAGAAUGUGUACGGCGCCAUCGCCAAGUCCAUGCUAAGCACUGGCUUCAUGGAGACGCUUCUCUCCGCCUUAUAUGGCGCAUACCAGUCCCGCCAGACAACGGGGCCUAACAGGAAGCAAGCCACCAUCUACGGCGUGGCUGAAACCGACCACCUCUCAGUCCUCGCACGGCUUGCCCUCGCUUCCCCACGCAAUUGUAUAUCAGCCGUAACAUCGGCAACCAGCAGCUCCUCCGAAGAGCAGACAUUCACCUGGAUACUAAGCGAGUGGUUCGCUCACUUUGACAAUAUUGGAGAUGUCAACAAGAAGAAACUGCAUACUAUGGCUCUUACGCAUUUACUAACGGUCAACGGGCCUUCAUCUCCGGCGCCAACAUACUUACUGAACAAUCUACAAUCCUACCUAACAAUCUGGACAGACUUGAUCACCGACCUAUCUGAAGGGCCCGAGGUAAACCCUACCGACGCUCGACACGGCGAUUAUCUUGUUUUCGACCCCAGUGAGGCUCAGGGAGAGAAAUACCAUGAAUCCGAGACCCCUGAGACUACGCGUCGCCGCGCAUGGAGCGCCUCAGACGCAAUCCACAAGAUCAAUUUGAGGGAAUAUGUGGGGCAGCAUCUCCAGGCUUUGGUGCAGGUUUGCGGAGGAGCUGAUCGGUUCAGGGACGAGUGGUUGGUGAAUGUGGAUAGGGAGGUUGUUAAUGGGUUUGGGCAGUUGGGGAUCAUGUAG